AUGGACCACGAUAAAGCUGCACCGGGUCAGUUCGGGGCGCGACCGAACCGCCGUGCUUCAACCCAAUUGACUAUCGACCAAGAGGGCCGCAAGCCGCUGUUCUCUAAGCCGUCGCGCGAGACGCUGAACCCAAGAGACACUGCCCCGGCAGCGUCAGGAACAACAAACCGAUAUGGCUUCUCCCCCACGAACGCGCGCCCACCUUCUCGCGCAGCUGGCAUUCCCCGACCUCCAAGCUCUGCCUCGAUGCGACCACCUUCGCGAGCUGCUGCUGCCGCCAUCCCCCGACCCUCAAGUUCGAUGUCCCAGACGCCGUCAGUCGGUUCCAACCAUUCGGCUGAUGUUGCUUCGCCUGGAUCCCGACUUCCCCGCCCCAAAUCUACAAUUGGAGUCUUCGCCAAGGGCAAGGUUCCUUCCGUAGCCGAUGUUUGGGCGUUGGCGGGAGAAGAAGACCGACCCAGCCCCAGCCCUCUUGAGAGAACGCGCAGAACGUCUCCUGCCGUCGACGCUUCCCCGAGCCCUGCGCCGCGCCCUUUCCACAACAGACAGGUCGCUGAAGAGGCCAAAGUUCGACAGAAUCUUAACAAGGAGCCCAACGACUUCGGCCGCACCCGACCCCUCUCCAGGUUGUCCAGCGACUCACUGCGCGACAGCUACGUAGCCCGCUAUGGUGGAUACAGCGGAAGUCCGGCGUCGCAGAGCGGCUCUAGCUCCGGUAGUUUCACCCGCCGACUGAGCCAGUACGAACGCGAGAUGGCCGAGUCGCCCAGCGCUGCCCGCCAGCCAGAAAACCUCUUCGGCAACACAAGAGUCGGGCCUUACAUCGCGGACACCGGCCGAACACUAGCAAGGAAGACGAGCAACAGCAGUCUGAACGGCGGUCCCGGGCUUGGGAGGCGCACGAGUAACAGCAGCUUGAACGGAGGCCAGACACUCGGGAAGCGAACGAGCAACUCGAGCUUGAAUGGCACCAGCCCAAACCUGGGUAGGAAGACAAGCUACGGCAGUUUGGGUAGCAGCCCUGGUGCUAGGGCGUUUGCCAAGAGCUCAGUCCCGGAAGGUUGGAUCAAGCAUCUUCUCGAUGAGGACGACAAGGGCAUCAAGAGAACACCCAAACCGGACUGGGAAGUUGCUGCCAAUACGCCACUGCCUUCCGUUGAAGCACUCGAACCGACGCCCCCAACUUCGCGACCGGGCUCCACGAACCCUGAGGCGCGAUCGCCGGAGAAGAGCUUCGCUUGGCAGCUGGAUGCCGACUUCACUGCCGGAGACCUUCAGAUCUCGGACAGCCCGCGCAUUAGAAUUAGCGGCUCUGGAUACGACGAUGCCUCCAAUCGACGAUUCUCGAACGGCAGCGCAUACGCAGAAGAGCCCGAAUCAAGCCCUUUCCGGAGGGAAGCAUCUGCGGGACCCCUCUCAUCACGGGCAGCGCGGACCAACAGUAAGAUUGACGAGAUUCGCCAACGUGAAGAGAAGGCAAACGAGCAGUUGGCAGAGCUGCGCAGGAGCCAAUCGAGGGGAAGGAACACCCGACUGGAGGAGAUUCGUGAGAGAGAGGCCGAGGCUGAGGAGGAGCUGGCCAAGACGAAAGCCCAAACACGCUCAUACUACCCUACACCCGACGAGGAUGAUCUCGCGCCGCCUGUCAGGGAACAUCCCCGACCGAAAAACUCCAAACUCGAUACCAUCCGAGCUCGAGAGGCAGAGUCUGUGUCGAAGAAAGCUUUGGCUGAAAGCCGUUUGGAAGAGAUUCGAGAGCGGAACUCAAUGUCCAGAGAGUUCUCGCCAGAGGCCGAACGAGUCGACAAAGAGUCAACACCUAUCCGAGAGAGCAAGAGAGAAGCCUGGCAGCCUACGAAACAGGACGAAGGCGAACACAUUGCAAACACCCCUGUCACUAUCUACAAAAAUGCCGGCGUGCCCAGAGAGACAAAGUCGGAGGCGAAAUUGGCGAGCCCGAAGUCGCCCGCCCGACCUCAAUUGCAGCACACCCGAACAGACUCAAGAGAUCUGCUGCAAAGGCUCGCCAGAGCUGCUAGUAGUAGCCCAGCCGGAAGCCCAGCGCCCGAGACAGUCAAGCCUCAAGUAGCAACCGACGAAAAGACCGAGAAAGAUACCCAACCGAAUACCAUCAAGCACGACGAGGAGAGACCAACAUCACGGACAGUAAACCCGGCUAGGACCAUUGAGAGACUUCGAGAGGGUUUUGCGGAGGAUAUUGAGCGUAGCUCUGAGGACAGGCUUGCGGGGCGAGAGCCGAAGGAAGCCAUCAAGAAAGUGGUCGCCGAGCCGUUGGCCAAGGAGAAGCAGACGACGGAGGUGAUCGAGGAAAAGGAGACAAAGGAUCAGCCAUCCGCCGAGACAGCGCCGGUCGAGGAGGUACCGAAGAAGACAGAGGACCUGAAGAAGGCUGAGGAACCCGCCAGAAAGCCAUACGUCCCUCGUCGCAGAAGCGAAGAUCGUCCCAAGACAUCGGAUUCGGAAAAGGCAGAAGUCACGAGACGUAACCGUAACGACACUCUGAAGAAGCUGGACCCAACUCCCAAGUCGGAUGAGGCCUCAAGCAGCUCAAAAGACGAGCCCAAAAACAUCGAGGCUGAGCGGCCAGUGUCUGCUGGUCUGCGCCGUGUACGACGCCAACGCUCGACUGAAUCUUCUAAGGACAGCAGGAAGAGCAUGGCGUCCUCCGAUGGCGAUCCGACAGACCGUAUCGAGCAGGAGAUCAUGCUGUUUGCGCCCACAGACGGCCAAUCUGAACGUGGCUCUACCAGACCGCCAUCGAUCGAGCCUGAUUCUGAGGAGGAUAAGGACCUCCUCGCUGAGGAAACUCCUCGCCCGCUCAAGACGGAUCCACUUUCUCUCCCUACCCCAAAGGUUACAGGCGCAUACGUGGACACUCCCGCAACGGUUCGGGUCGACAAGGUGCAGGAGAAGGAGCUCAAGUCAGCCAUCAAGUCUGAAGCCAGACCUUCUACGAGCCAUGGCCGAGCAUCAAGCAGACGGAACUCCCGCGUUUCUUUGAGAGGACGAUCAAUCUCCAAUGCCAACGCAUCCGAAUCUGAAUCGAGCGAGCAGAAGGAGCAAGACACCGCAGGCACGACCACGACCUCUGUGCUCCGCCGGCGUAAAUCCACAUCUAGACCUCGACGACCGUUGAUGAACUCGGUGAAGCCACCCACCGUGAAGGACGACCUUUUGGAGCUUCAGCGCCGCCAUCAAAUCGAGGACUCGACUUUGGACGACUUGGAGGAAAUGUUUAACUUGCAGAAGCCUCUGCCCCCCGAUUUCGAGACCGAGGAGACGGUGGAGAGCAUGCUUGACGAGAUUAACGAGAAGCGUGAGGAAAUUGCGAACAGCGCCAACCUCAGCAGUGACGAACGUGACCACACGAUGCAGCAGAUCGACAGAAUGACCAAGACCCUCACAGAUGGGCUUCGAAGCAUUCGCUCUGCCAAGCAGGGUAUCGAACGCCUGGAGGACAAGGUCUCUCACGCCGACCCUACGUACAACGAGAACAAGAUCAGCGAGAUGGAGAAGAUGAUCGCGAUGGUGCAAGAUCAGCAGGCAAAGGGGGCCGCAUCCCAGCAAUCCGCCGUCACUCAGAAGACUGCAGCCCACCCCAGCGUCUCUUCCGAUGAGAAGGUCAACGUCAUUCAGCUUCCCAUCCCCCAACUCAUGCACCGCAACCCUCUGCGCAUCACCUUCCUCGGCUUGCUCGUCAUCAUCAGCGCAGUCUGGUACGCUGCUGAGUCGGCCAUGUGUGAGCUCUACUGCCGCCCGACGACUUGCUCAUCAACGCCUUGCGUCUGGUCGGCCACGGAUCCUACCUGGGGCUACGCGAUUCCUGUCAAGAUCGACGAGUGGACCACGAACGGCUGGGGCCGCCAAGUCGCCAACCAGCUCGCUGAAGACGCCUCAGACCUCUUGGCCGACCUCGAGGACUACCUUACCGGCACGGACAUCGCGACCAUCGACAUUCGAACUCUCGAUUUCUGGGAAAAGCGCCAGCUUCGCCGCCGUCUGCGCAAGAAGGGUCUCGUUAAGCGGCCGGAGGAGUCGCCGGAGGACAAGGCGAGAUGGGACGCAUGGCACGAGGCGCGUGUGGCGAGGGAGAGGGUGCAGGACGCGAGGGAGAUGGGGUACGAUAUCAGCGAUGAGGAAGAGAGCAUGGGCGGCGACGAGAGGGUGUGA